AUGCUACAACCAGUCCAACGCAAGGCCACGGUAUGUGUAGUGGGACUGGCCGUCCUGCCGCGCGACCAUAUAAAUUACGUCAGCUUGAUAGACAGCCACUCCUGGAACAUCCGAGACUGGGGAGGGGAUCACGGGGGACACUCGAGCAGUAGAGCCGGCUCAUUUACACCCCAAACAAUGGAGGAACGGAAGGACACUGCCGGUUGCAGAGGGGUUGCUCGCGGCGCCUUUAUGCGGGAGACAUUCACAGCCGAUUGCCAGAAGCCCUCUUGGGGAGGAUGUGUAACCCAGACGGAGGAUGAGGGUGGAAGCGCCAGGAGGAACAUGGGCAUUAUGGCGAAAUAUUGUGCGUUCGGUAUAGACGGGCAACACACUGUUACCCCGAGGGCUCGGUCAGAAACGAGUUUCAAGAACAGACGUUCCAAAUCCUCCCAUAGAGGAUCAAGCCACAAAUUCAAGGCACGCCAGCUGAUAGCCCAAACGCCCCCCGCGCCAAUGAUGGGGGUCAAAAUAGGCCAUCUGCUGGUUACCUGGGAGGGCAAACCCGUCCGCAUCAUGCGGCCCGUAUCGCGUAUACUCAGUGGUCUGUGGUGUAGAGGUCACCACGAGUGA